UUUCAGGCAAACAACACAGUUCCCUGGCAGCACGAAAGUCUUGCUUCAACUGCUAAAUCUCAAACAUUCAGAAACCCAUUGCUCCUCUGUGGACAUACCAUUCUAUAUUUGUUAUUUGGAUGUUAUGGAUAGAAACAGUACUUACUCUCCAAUCACAUGGCCACCAAAGUUUUGGGAGCAGAUAACAAUAGCCUUCACAGUGUCCAUGGUGAUCGGACUGGUGAUUGGAGGUGUCAUCUGGGCAUUGUUCACUUGCUUGUCCCGUCGCAGAGCUAGCGCCCACAUUUCCCAGGGGAACUCCUCAACCUUCAGCCGUCGGUCCAGACCCUCCUCCCAUGGCAAUACUACCGGCAGGACUGGAUUUUACCGCAACAGCAGCUGUGAACGUCGGAGCAACCUCAGCCUGGCCAGCCUCACCUUCCAGCGGCAAGCCUCCUUGGAGCAAGCCAACUCUUUCCCCAGGAAGUCAAGCUUCCGCGCAUCUACCUUCCACCCUUUCCUGCAGUGUCCUCCUCUCCCUGUGGAAACGAACAGUCAGCUGAUCACCCUCACUCCUACAAAUACCACAACAACCCUUGUGGGAAGCACCACCAACAGCUUAAGUCGACCUGAAUUCCACUGGUCUAACAACAACCUCCGCAUCUGCCACUCCACACAAACCCCCCCUCCUGCCUAUGAAACCAUCAUAAAAGCUUUCCCAGACUCCUGAGCUAGGUCCCUAUGGCAAACAUGCAUGUGCAUUUUAUGAGGAACCUCAAUCAUCACAACAAUUUUCUGUGCACAAUGAAGAUCUCUGAGAAGUCUCCAGCUCUCAUUGUGGAGGGAACAUAUAUUGCCCAGAGGCGGGUAGCAAUGAUUUCUUAGUGCGCAAUAUCCCACUGUCCAAGGGAUCACUUGUCUCUGCACUGCUGGCUCUAAUUUACUGCUCUGCCAUAUGCUUCUGUAUUUAUAGUGUUGUAUCUUUAACUGUAACCACUGUAUCUUUACUUUAGAUGAAAGAAAAUGGUGCCGCAUAAAAGAUCAUUUCCUGAAGAAACAAGUCAUGUUAGGGAUUACUGAUACACACAUUUCUGCAAAUUUCCUUAUUUUGUCUCUUUCAAACAAACAAAGAAAGAAACAAACAAAAAUGUUCUGGUUCUAUGUAUUUUCUCAAGCAUGCUAAAUUUUCAGAGAACACCUCCCAUUAUCCACCUUCUUCCUAUAACCACAGAACAGCUUUUGCCUGAAGAACCGUAGACACAGACCUUGCAAUGUUACAGUCCUGGCUGUGGUUAUAGGCAUCCUGUUCUGCUGAUUGUAAAGGACCUUAAAAGACUCCAUAUUAGGGUAGCUUGUAUAAAUUCCCCACAGUGUGGGGAAAAUGUUGAAAUAUAUGAAGCUUCAUGCAAAGAGAAGUUUUUAAUAACAUAUUAAAUUCAUUAUAACAAUUAUAAAGUUUUGUGUCUGCAGCCAGCAGAACAGGUAGUCACAUUUUAAUAGCUGGUUAGGCUUGUAUGGGAGAACUCCUUGUGUCUCAUUUUUCUAGUUCUGGUUAUCCAGAUAAGCAGCAUGAAGGACAACUAUUUUUUUAAUUAAGUUUCCUGUUUUGCUAUGGGAUUACUCAUUUCCUUAUUUCAAACUGUUUUUCUCAAAUUGCAGCGAUGUUUAAUUCUUCCUGGCAAAUUAUUCUUUGAAACCUUGUCUUUCACUAGGGCAAGAUUUUAGACAUCUACAGCUGAAUACUGGGAUUGUACAAUUAGUCAGAAUAUGAAGGUAAAGAUGGAAUAUUUAAUUGAGGUUCACAUAUAUUCUUGAUUCUUAUACUUGUAUCAUGUCAAGCUAACCCCUGGCUUAGUAGACACUAAUUGCACUGGUGUGAAAGAAGGCCAGGAUUUGGAAAUGGCACAGACAAAUCAGGCCUGAUUUGAGUCUUACUGCGUCAGUUUCCUGUUAAAUAUUUCACGUUCAAAUAAAGAAUUUCCACAGGUAGAGGAGCAAUCCUAUUCCUCACUUACAAAUAAGCCUGUUGUUGCUAAAAGGCCUGGGCAACUACUAGUUGCAGGACUCCUGAUUCUUAGGUGGCUGCUCCUGUGCUUCUGUGCAAGUCCUCAUCUGUCUUUUGGGAUGGACAAAGAUUCAGCAGCUUUUGAGAACGAGAAGAUGCUUAACAUCUUGCUUUCCAGGCUUUUGGAAACUGGCAGUAUGCAUCCCUUUGCCAAGCUCAGCAUCCCUCAGAAAGCACUGGUAUUGUUCUCUGAAUCUUCCAGCCCAGUAUCACCACACUUGCAAAUACUGCUGCAAAGACUGAGCUUACAAAUGUUACUGCAAACCACAAGUAUUCCUUAAUGUAAAGGCAAAUUAUAUUGCAUGUAUUUACUGACUGGCUUUCAUUGUUUUAUUUUUAGUGUGCAACAUUUUCCCUUCUGGAGAGAUAUAUGUCAUUACUAGAAGAACAACUAUUUACAGAACAUUUCACUGCAGACACUAUGAGUUUUAGUACACUGAGGACUUGCUGAUAAGACUGCAAAACUGCAUUUGGCUUAUUGUAGAAAAAACAAUAGUCCUCUGGAGAAAGCAAGUUGUGUUAUUUCAUUCAUUAAUAAUACUUCUUUUCAUUUAGAGUCUUACUGAGUCUGGUGAACAUUAUUGCAUGCACAAGUGUGUUCACAGUGUCCUAGCUCCAGAGUAGGUGAUGCCACCUAUUCUAACGUGCCUACAAAAAGCAGAAUUCCUUGGCCUACAGUGUGUGCCCAGCCGGCCAAAACUUCUUGUUCUUUGAGAGUGAAAUCAUUUUAGAUGAGUAAAUUUUUACUUCUGGAUUGUAAAUGCACAUUACAUUACAGCAGAACAUUCCAUAGCAUAUUAUUAUUUGUAUUACACUAUAUUUAGUAUACAAUGUAGAAAGGGAAGCUUAAAUGUACUGUAUUUUUUUCCUCUUGAAAUCUGUACUGGAUAUCAAAGCAUAUUUUUUAUGUUCCCUGGAUUAGGGAGAUUAAAACCACAGAUUGUUUGGUGCAUAACCAGCAUGGCUGCCAGAUACACAACUACUAGUUUAAACAAUGUCUGAUAUUAAUGUUUUGUAAGCACUAUGGAAGCUUCAGCAUGUGAAAUAAAGUUAAAUGUUAGAAUCUCAAGCUCAUGCCUUUCCUUGAGGCCUGUGUUGACUUGUAUAAAAGUUUCUUUAAAGGGAAGGAUAUAAUCUUUAUUUAUUCAAGUUGAUGUAGUUGGAAGUGUGAAUGAGGACUUGGUCCUUCCUCUGCUUCUGUAGGGAGACACCCUGAAGCUGAGGAUGUUAUGUGAAGUCGGAGUUAGAAUUUGCCGUAUGAGAACAACUUCCAAAGAAUAAAAGUGGGAAUCUCUCUCACAAAUAACAGUGCUUACAGAUUUUUAAAUCCACUGGUUUCCAAGUACUUAGACUUCAAUCUGUGAAGUGUUUGAGCAAAUGCUUUCUUAAAGCGAAUGGGCAAUCACUGUAAGGUUCAUGCUUAAAUGGACUGAUGCACAUUUUAUUACAUUAAGACCAAAGCACAUUGCACAGGAUCAACCCUCAAAUCAAACUGUGGGAUUUGGGAAUCAUCAGGUGUUUGAUAUGCAAAAGAUUAUACUUGCUUAUUGUAAUGGUCUUUUCUAGCCUUUUGUUUCAAUUUAAAACACUGGAAAGAAUGAAGUUUCACAAUAAUUCUGCAUGUAAUACAUUUUCACAGUAAGAGGCAGUGAUUAAAAGGGUGCUCCCAGAAUCACAGAGGGAGUGAUAGGCAGAGCUUUGACCAGCCUGCAGGUAUCCUGACACCUUGUCCUGAACUGAGCAGAGCUACUUCUAUUCAUAAAAAGAAACACUAUUCUGCUAUUGCGCAUGUGCACAAAAACAAUUGCUCUAGUUCUGAUUUCAUGUAGAAGACAAAACUUGACAGCUCUCUGUUUGAGAAUAGUUAUGUUCCAGCCUACUUACAAAAGAAGCUCACGCUAUAUUCCUUGACUUUUCCCUACUGAAGAACUGCUGAUCACCUCUUCAGCCGGCUACUGACUAUCAUACUGUAACACACUGAACAUGCAGCAUCUUCGGCAAAUCAAAUUUUGAAAGUUCACUUGUAAUUUACCUUGAAGUUUUUGAGUCAUCUCAACAUCAAUUCUUAAGUAUAAACUGAAAACUACAUUUACUGGAAAUAUCCUCUCGGAGGUGAAAUGACACAUGCCAGAUCCCUGACCUAUAGGCACUUGAUGAAAUUAGGUGAUGUCUAUGAUGCAGUACAGCUUCAGGGGAAAAAAAAAAAAAACGGGGAAGGAAAGAAAACACUAAUUGGAAAUUUACCUCUGCCUAGUCCAGAGCAGAUUAAGGAAAACAGCACUGACAUAACUUCACAAAGCAGAGAACAGAAUUCUUGAAGCCAGCCUUACAAAGUGUUUUAAACCUCAGGUAAAAUACGUAUAUCUUCAUUCGGGUCUCUUAAUAAAAGUGAGUUUUCAAAAGG